GAGACUCUCGAAUACUCGUCUCUCCUGUGUAAAUACAAGAUCGGACAGUUUCGGCUACGCAUCGGGAACUGGUCCGAUAUUUGUUCAGAUGUGAACAGCAUGUGAAGUCCUCCGAUGAUAUCUGCCUUCGUGUGGAGCAGUUGCUUGGUGCUGCUCCAGCUCACUCAGGCGGAGGUCAGGGUGACGUUCACAACAACAACCAUUCCCGAUGAAUAUCUGGUACACUUCAAGCACUACUUGUUGCCGGUGACCAGGCAACGAUACAUCCAGGCUGGUUUACGGGACAAAUACGAAGUUUUACCUCGUUCCAAGUUCCGUGACAUUGCGAGUGACUUCGAAGUCAUACGGUACAAUGGCGAUCUGGCGCGGUUGCGGGAUCAUCCAGAAGUCAAAUACGUAAACCAUCACAAGAGCGUUCGACGGCUCUUCUCCGUCAUAAAUUCGACCGAAUCGGAUGCAAGCAACGAACCAGAUGUACAUAAAGUCAAGCUGAAGAAUGAAAAGAAGUCAGCCCCGACGAAGAAGAAGAGAAAACAGUCUUCGAAGUCCUAUCACAGUCCUGAAGUGUUCAUGGGUCUUGUCGGGGAAGCCCAUAAGACCCGAAAACUUCUGAGGGUGAUUAACACCAAACAAGUGACCCAAGUCCUCCAGGCCGACACGCUAUGGGAACUCGGCGUGCGUGGCAAAGGUGUGCGUGUGGCGGUUUUCGACACGGGACUCGCUAAGAGCCAUCCGCAUUUCAAGCAGAUUUACGAGAGAACCGACUGGACGAACGAAAAAACUACUGAAGAUGGUCUCGGGCACGGGACCUUUGUUGCCGGCGUCAUUGCCUCGUCUCAUCCAGACUGCAUGGGCUUCGCUCCAGAAGCCGAGCUCCACGUUUUCCGGGUCUUCACUAACAAUCAGGUGUCAUACACAUCGUGGUUCCUGGACGCAUUCAAUUAUGCAAUAUUGAAGAAAAUGAACGUAUUGAACCUGUCCAUUGGGGGUCCGGACUUCAUGGACAAACCAUUCGUGGACAAAGUCUGGGAACUCACCGCAAACGGGAUCAUCAUGAUCAGCGCGAUCGGAAACGAUGGACCACUUUAUGGAACUUUGAAUAACCCCGCCGAUCAAAUGGACGUGAUCGGCGUCGGCGGCAUAAACUUCGAAAACGAAAUUGCGAAAUUCUCAUCGCGGGGAAUGACCACGUGGGAGCUGCCUAGCGGCUACGGCAGACUGAAGCCAGAUCUUGUCACUUAUGGUAGCACUGUUUAUGGCUCCGCCAUAAACGGAGGCUGCAGGUCGCUGUCCGGCACCUCGGUCGCCUCGCCCGUCGUUGCCGGGGCCGUGACGCUGUUGCUCUCGGGUGUGCUGGACCUAUUCUCGUUGGUGAAUCCUGCUUCCAUGAAGCAGGCGUUGUUGUCUUCGGCGAGAAGACUUUCCGGUCCGAACAUGUUCGAGCAGGGUUGGGGCAAACUGAACCUAAUCGAAGCUUAUCAGGCGCUUCGAGCCUACACCCCUCAGGCGACAGUGAGUCCCUCCUACAUCGAUUUCACAGAAUGCCCCUACAUGUGGCCGUACUGCACUCAACCCCUCUAUCACACGGGGCUCCCAACUAUUGUGAAUGUCACCGUUCUCAACGGCAUGGGCGUGAGCGGCCGCUUCGUCGAGCCGCCGCAGUGGAAGCCGUAUCUGCUUCAGAACGGUCAUGUACUGAACAUAUCGAUGAGUCAUAGCGAGGUUAUCUGGCCCUGGAGUGGGUAUUUAGCUUUGCACAUCGUCGUCAAUGAGAGAGGUGCGCAGUUCGAAGGUGUCGCACAAGGCUUCGUGAGCAUCACCGUGGAGAGCCCGCCCGAGAAAGGCAGCGACAAACCACGCACAUCGGUCGUGGAGCUGCCAAUCAAAGUCCGAGUGAUUCCGACGCCCCCUCGGCACAAACGGAUUCUCUGGGACCAGUUUCACAACCUGCGCUAUCCCCCGGGAUAUUUCCCGAGGGAUAAUUUGAAGAUGAAAAACGAUCCCCUCGACUGGCAUGGGGACCAUGUCCACACGAAUUUCAAGGAACUCUAUACUCAUUUACGGAACACCGGCUACUACGUAGAAGUGCUCGGUGAACCGUAUACGUGUUUCGAUGCCAAAAACUACGCUGUUCUCCUGAUCGUAGAUCCCGAAGAAGAGUUCUUCCAAGAAGAGAUUCUAAUGAUCAAGAACGCCGUGCGAGACGAACAGUUGAAUAUCGUUCUAUUCGCAGACUGGUACAACAGUACGGUCAUGCAAAAAGUUCGUUUCUACGAUGAGAACACCAGACAGUGGUGGCUGCCAGACACCGGUGGAAGCAACGUGCCGGCACUCAACGAGCUCUUGGCCUUGUGGAAUAUUACUCUCGGCGACGGAGUCUUCGAGGGCGACUUCAAGCUCGGCAAGCACGACAUGAACUACGCCUCGGGAACAGAAAUUUCGAGUCAUCCGAAAGAAAUGCUCACCAUCUCGAAAAAACUCAAUGACCAAGGCCUCGAGAUCAUCGAGGGGGAGGGGGCGAAUACCACACCGAAGAAAACGCAGGACGCCGUCAUAGCGGGUAUCCUGCAGACGAAAGUCGACGAUCGAAAAGCGGGACGUCUAGCGGUCUAUGGGGAUUCGAACUGCCUGGACUCGGCGCAUCUAAAGCGGGAAUGCUUCUGGCUCCUGAACGCCUUCUUACAGUGGAGCACCACGGGACAGGCGCCACCGAUCUUCAAUCGUAAGGACGUUCGACCCAAGGAGAAUGAGAUCGCGACUCGGUCGAGCGCGCAGCGCAUGAAGGGGAACAAUUUGCACAAAUACUCUAAAGUGAUAGGCGCGGCGGGACAGCAUCCUCCUACAGAAUGCCGGAUUCUCAACUUCAGUGAACCUGUCGUGGUGAACUCAUCGGCGCCGAGCGAAGUCUACAAACCGCAGAAGUUGCUAUCCAUAGAUCUGAACUUGUUGCCGCCUCCUGUGAAGAUUAUCCAAAGAUUAGACGACGACCAGCUCCUUCCUAAUGGGGACGUUCUCGUUAAACAGGACUCCGUGCAUGACAGGGCACUGGGCGAGAGCGGACUCUCGAUUCCUUCGGCAUGGCUUUGGUUUCUGGUGAAAUACGGAUCGGCUCUUUUGGUAUUCUAUCUUCUGCUACGAGUGUUCGUGCGGAGGAUCAUUCCUAGGCUCCUCUUCUUGGGACAAAGAACUCGUCAGGUCACAGUCGCCUGAAUCGCGGCAGCAGCAUCCGGGCUUCGAAAAGGAGAAAGACUUCGCUGAGGACCAGGUGGUGCAUAUCAGUCGGAUGACUUUCAAAUUACGAGAAGGACGCUCCGACGAAGGCACGGUGCACGUAGAAGUGCAUGAGACGAUCAUCCUUGACGAAGAGAAAGAGUCACUUUUCCAUGACGAACUGUAGCUCACGUCCCGCAUUUCAAUCCACGUCGGCGAGCCUCUGCGUUGGCAAAACUGUUGUUCGGCCUCUCAUAGCCUACUCAUGUGAUCUUGUGUGAAUGCCUGACGGAGGUGACGCAAAUUGUGACCCGAUUUUUCUACGGUAGGAUCUUCUUGGCGCAGUCCCUGACGCACCUGGAGGGUAUGCUGUAUCUUCAUUUGUUAGGACCCUGUUGAAUUCGCACCAUGUACAUAUAGAGGGCUGACUGCUUAAUAGACGAUGAUGUAAGGAAUAUGUUCCAUAGAUUGUGUCAGAUGAGCUCGAACACCAUCGAGCGAGGAAAUCCUAUGAACCAUCGAAUAAAAUAAU